AGCUGGGGGAGGCCCGGGGAAGGGGGGGUGCGAAGGGGCAACCUCGGGGGAGCGGGCGUUCGGAGGGUGUAAAUGGCGUACAUUAUGACGAAGGUGUAAUGCUAAGCGCGGCGAGUCCCGGAUGCGCGUGUGGGUGACGGUGCCAGUCCAGUGCUCGCCCUUCGCCCGGGGUGUGUGUGUGUUUGUGUGUGAGCGCCUCUCUCUCUCCCUCUCCUCCUUUCGCUCUCUCUGUGUCCCGCGCGGUGGCUCCCCCUUCCCCCUUUCUCUCUUUCUCCGUUUCCUUCUGUACCUCGGACCCCCCUCGUCGUCCCAGGCACCGAGUCGCCCCGUGACCUCCCGCCGGCGUGACCCCCUUCCCGUGACCCGCGCCGAGCCAGCUGCAACAGCAACAGCGGCGGCGGCGGAGGAGAGGCGGGGAGCGAUCCCGUGGUCCUCCCGCUCCCCCGGGCAUCCCUCGUCUGCCGCGCUCGCAUCUGCAGUGCCUUCUGCUGCCUCAGUGCCAGCCGGAUCCCGCGCGCUCCGCUGCUCGAGAGACGGUUCUGGAAUCGCGUUCUUCCCGAGGCCCUUCCGAGCGCGCGCGACGGGGCUGGGCCAUGGUUCUGGAGCCAGCCGAACCCCGCGGAGCUGCAUCCGGCGACGGGGCCAGAGGUGUGCUUUCCGGGGGGCUGCCAGGGCGCUGGGGGGCUGCCACAUCACACGCCUUGCACGUCGGUGUCGUCUUCUGCCGGCGAACCAAAGGGGAGAGGAGUUAGUACCUGGGAAGGAGGGACAGGUGCGGGUGUCCUAAGCGUCGCGCGUUUCGAAGACGGUUCGCGGGGGCUUUAACGGGCGCGUGCGAGGGUCGAAGGGGAAAGGCGACGGUCUCGAGGGCGGCGGAGGAGGACAGCGAGGGCUCUCUCACACCCCCGACAAGAGGUUCUCGAGGACCUGGUGUUACCCAUCCCUUCCUCCCCCUCCUCCUUCCCCUAGCGCGCAGGUGUUCUCGUAGGUGACCGAAGAGACCGUGAUCAGUGCGAGAUCUCGAGCCCUCGCCAAACCCGACGAGGAAAUCCGCCGGAAGGACCGCCUCGCAAGACAACCCCCCCAGAA